UUGUUGUUACGUUUUUACUGAUUUGUUUGGAUCUGUUAGGUUAUGUUAAUAGUUUGCCAACAAAUAAAGCAUUCCCGGUCGAUUAUUCUUGAAAUUACAUCCAAUUUAAGUGUUUCUUAACGAAAAAUGGCUGGGAGACGACGACCCCAUGAAGAUGACGACGGCUACGAUCGAGCAUAUAGAAAGCGAAGGAAAGUGUCUGAAAAUCAAGAAAUUGAAGACCGUUUGGAAAGUUUAAUUCUCCGUGUUGGUGAAAAAAGUAGUUCAUCUUUAGAAUCAAAUUUAGAGGGUUUAGCUAGCGUUUUAGAAGCUGAUUUGGGGACGUUUCGCCAAAAAAUUUUAAGAAUUCUAACAGAUUGCGCGAUUCGUAUGCCAGAAAAAUGUACGAUUUAUACAACAUUAGUUGGGUUAUUAAACGCAAAAAACUAUAAUUUUGGAGGAGAAUUCGUUGAGUUUAUGGUACGCACUUUUAAAGAUAGUUUAAAAGCUUGUAAAUGGGAUGGGGCUCGUUACGCUUUAAGAUUCUUAGCGGAUUUGGUGAAUUGUCACGUUUUAUCAGCAAAUUCCUUAUUACAACUGUUAGAUAAUAUGAUAGAUGCUGCAAAUGAAGAUAAUGUACCUCAAGUUCGACGUGAUUGGUAUGUUUUUGCGAUAUUAAGCACAUUACCUUGGGUUGGAAGAGAAUUAUACGAGAAAAAAGAAAGUGCUUUAGAACGCCUAUUAGUUCAAAUUGAGGUUUUUUUGAAUAAACGCACCAAAAAACAUCAUGCAGCCCUCAAAGUUUGGACAGCUGAUGUUCCCCAUCCACAAGAAGAGUACUUAGAUUGCUUAUGGUCGCAAAUACGGAAAUUAAGGGCUGAUAAUUGGGCUGAAAAACAUAUUCCUCGACCGUAUUUAGCAUUUGAUUCAAUAUUAUGUGAAGCCCUUCAACAUAGUUUACCAGCAAUUUUACCCCCACCUCAUCAUGAAUCUUACACUUACCCAAUGCCUUGGGUUGUGUUUCGUAUGUUCGAUUACACCGAUUGCCCAGAAGGCCCCAUUUUGCCCGGAGCACACUCAAUUGAACGAUUUUUAAUUGAAGAGCACCUUCAUUCAAUCAUUGAAAUGUACCAUUUAGAACGCAAAGAAUGCGCAGCUCAUCUCUUAAACUUCCCAUACAAAUCAAAAAUUCCCCUCGAAUAUUGUAUCGUUGAGGUUAUGUUUGCAGAAUUAUUUAACAUGCCGGCCCCUCGUUAUUUAGAUAUCGCUUACGGCGCCAUUUUAAUCGAACUUUGUAAACUACAACCAUCCACGAUGCCCCAAGUUUUAGCCCAAGCAACUGAAAUAUUAUUUUUGAGAAUUGAUACAAUGAACGUAUCUUGUUUUGAUCGGUUUGUAACGUGGUUUUCGUACCAUUUGAGUAACUUUCAAUUUCGAUGGUCGUGGGAUGAUUGGGAUUCUUGUUUGGAUUUGGAUGCGGAACAUCCGAAACCGAAAUUUGUACGGGAGGUGAUGUUGAAGAGUUUGAGGUUAUCGUAUUAUCAACGAUUGAGGGAGAUUCUUCCCGAUACGUUUGCAAGAUUCGUUCCGGUCAAACCAGAGGCGGAUUAUAAAUACGCUAAAGAAGCUGCAGCUGGUUUACCAGGAACUUCGGCUGCUCAUCAACUGGUUAUUUCAAUCCGGCAAAAAUGCACCCCAGAAGAAGUUUUGGGGGUUCUUAAAGAUUUGCCAAACCCUCGAUCUGAAGAAGAAGCCGACAGCCGAUUCAACCCAUUAAAAAUCGACGUUUUCGUUCAAACUUUACUCAAUUUAGGCUCGAAAAGUUUCUCGCAUAGUUUUGCUGUUAUUUCAAAAUUCCACUAUGUCUUCAAGAUCUUAGCUGAAUCAGAAGAGGCUCAAAUUUGCGUAUUAAAAAACAUGUUCGAAUUAUGGCACAACCACCAACAAAUGAUGCUUGUUCUUGUCGAUAAAAUGUUAAAAACUCAAAUUGUUGAGUGUUCGGCAGUCGCGAAUUGGAUUUUUUCGAAAGAGAUGGGUGCCGAAUUUACGAAAAUGUAUCUUUGGGAGAUUUUACAUUUAACGAUUAAAAAAAUGAAUAAACACGUUAUUAAAUUGGGUGGUGAGUUAUCGGAAGCGAGGGAGAAAUUGGCUCACGCGGAGUCGAGUUCCAGUGAAAGUGAGGACGAUGAGACCGCGUCGAAAGCGAAAAAUGAAACCGAUACGGAGAAACCAACCGAGGAAAUGGUUGAAAGGAUGGAGGAAAAAUUGGAGGCGGCCCAAGCUGACCAAAAGAAUUUAUUUUUAAUUAUUUUCCAACGAUUUAUUAUGAUUUUAUCGGAACAUUUAGUAAGAUGUGAUACGGAUGGGAGGGAUUAUAACACGCAUUGGUAUCGGUGGACCAUUGGGAGGUUACAACAAGUAUUUUUGGCGCAUCACGAGCAAGUUCAGAAAUACAGUUCAACAUUAGAGACUUUGUUGUUUACUCAGGAUCUUGAUCCGCAUAUUCUCGAAAUAUUCCAUCAGUUCGUUUCUUUACAAGGGUAAGGAAAAGGGGAGUGUUAAAAAUGAAAAAAGUUGACUUUUAUAAUUCAAAAAGUUAGAGACGUUUAUUUUAUGAUGUAAGGAUGAGACAAAAAAAAAUAAGGAAUUAAGGAAUCGAUUUUUGCUUUCCUUUAGAUUUUAUACGUAGUGUAUAUUGUGUUAAGAUUUUUUUGACAAUGAUAGUAUCUAUAUAUAUAAUUUUCUUUUUUGGUUUUGAGAUGACGUUCGUUAGUUCUAAAUGAUUGUGAGUUUGUGAACUGUUUAUAUUUUUGGCUAUGCAAUAAAAAAUGGUUACAUUCUCAA